UUGUACACCUAUCAGCAUCUGCCAAAUGGCCUGAGAUAUCUGGACCAAUGGGCGUUGGACGUUAUUUGAACUCAGCUCAAGUGGAUUUUUAAAAUGAUAUCAUAAUUCCAGGACAUGUUUUUGCUGAGAUUUUAUUGAGGUGGCACAGCAAAUCAGCAAGAGGGGGAAAUAAAGUGAUCACACACUGUAUGUAACCGUUGAAACCAGUGACCUGCGGCUCUUAUGUGACAUUGAUUCCGACACAGAUUUUUUGCCACCAGAAUUUCAUGGAAAUCAGGAAGAGUUCAGAUUUUAUCAAUAAAAUGGCGUGCUGAUACAGCGAGGGGGAGAGAGAAAUAGAAAAAAGGAACGGUCACGAGAUCAGGACCAAUGUUUACCCUGUUGAGGUCACCUAAUACAAAUAAAAAGCCUCAAUAACACAUUUUUCCCCUCUAAAAUCUCAGGUGGCCAGAGUGGAAAGAUGCGUGACAAAGCUUUUGUUUUUGGUGUCAUCUUGUUGAUGCAAGUGUGUGGGACACUAUGGGCUGAACCGGCAACUCCAGAACCAGAAGCGUACUCUGCAGGACUUCUGCAGAGUCUGAUGGACAGGGCCAGGGAAGCGAAUGCUAAAGUCCAGCAGGCCAAGGCAGUAGCGCUGGGGUUUGUUGGUGCCUACUAUGAAGAUCACAUCCAGCCAGUGAAGGACAGCUAUGCUGAGUGGGCCUCUGACAUCACAAACUCCAUGUGGGAGAGCGUGUGGGGAACUGGACCAACCAACGCAACUAUGGCGCCUUAAAGGAAACGCUGACAAUAAACCAAUGUUCUUGA